CAUUUCCGAAAUCAUUUCAGAUGGAAAUAUAUCAGAAAAUAGUAACGAAACACUCAAUGAACCACUGAUCCGGUUACAUCCGAAUUUCAAUGAGUGUCCGAAACCUCAGCAUGGCAACAAUUCAGAUGAACUUUUACGAGUAUGGGCACUUCGUCAUAGCAUUACUCAUCAUGCUUUGAAAGAUUUACUGACAAUAGUUAAACAACAUUACCACGAUAAAACUUUGCCGUCAGAUCCAAGAACUCUCCUGGGUACUCCACGAAAUAGCAGUAAACUGUGCCUUCCAAUCAGCGGAGGAGUCGUGAAUUUCAACGGAAAAAAUGGAUGUCUGAAGUGUACGAUAACUGGAGAAUAUUCCCACAUUUCUCGUACCGUGGUGUUUCCAUCUAUCCGUUGCCCACUGCGAACUGAUGAAAUAUUUCGUCGUAAAGAGUAUGGUAGACACCACACCGCUCGGGAGUCACCUUUACUAAAAAUUCCAGGGCUCGACAUGAUCCAGGAUUUCGUGGUUGCUGAUCAAUUACACCUGUUAGAGCUAGGAACAAUGAAACGCUUAUUAAAUGGAUGGAGAGAUGGUAACCUAGGUUUUGCAGGAAAAAUGAGUGCAUAUCAAAUACAACAUUUAUCAGCUAUGAUUGAAAGCGUGAAACUGCCAAAAGAAGUUCACCGAAAAAUGCGAGGAAUAGAUUGUCUGGCAUUUUGGAAAGGAACAGAGUGUCGUACGUUUUUAAAUUAUGUGGGAAUUGUUGUUUUAAAAGGUGUGUUAAACGAAACUUUAUAUAAACAUUUUUUGUUGCUUUUUACAGCAGUAACGAUUUGUUCAUCAGAUUUUCAUGCAAAUUUACGACCAACAGCACAGGGCCUUUUCGAAAAAUUUAUUCAAGAAUUCAUGAUAAUUUAUGGAGAACAAUACAUAACUAGUAAUAUUCACAACCUAGAACACAUUGUUGGCGACGUGGAUCGAUUUGGAUCAUUAAACACAAUAUCGGCUUAUCCAUUCGAAAGUUAUUUAUCUCAGAUUAAAAAUUUUGUACGGCAGGGUAACAACUGUUUAGAACAAGUUGUUAACAGGUUGCUUGAAAAAAAUGAACAACUGAAACAAAAAGAAAAUUUUACACCCAAAGUGACAAGACGAGGAAGCUUUGUUCAAUGUGAAAUCAAAAACGGACUAUUAAUUAGCAACACAUUCAAAGACUCAUGUUUUUUGGCAAAAAACUUAGACAUAGUACAGAUGACCGAUGCUACAAUUGAUAUUUUUAAUAACAUUACUAUUCAUGGCUCCCCCGUAUCAAAUUUCUAUACCUUUUUUGAUUUUCCAAUUCCUUCAUCAAAACUAUAUAUUUUUUUGACAAAUUUAUGUAUUAGUUCCAGGAAGGCAUACACUAUAAAUGAAAUGUUUUGUAAGUUUGUAGUUGUCCCGUAUACGCGAAACAAUGUUGUAUUGUUACCGUUACUUCAUACAUUUUGUGCUGACUAAAAAGAUAAACACAAGCUCAACAAAUUUAACAGUUCAAAGUUCCUAGAAACAUAUGUAUUUUAAGCGAGCAAACAUGUCAAAUUUACAUUAAAAACAACUUCAGGAAAUUUGUAAUAAAAGUAACACAUUAAAACUUCUAAUUUAUGCUAUAUGAGAAUUAUCAAAAUUACAUUACUAUCUCAUUUUUAUAAAUGGCUAGAUUAUCUUCUUGUUUAUCUUCGACUUCAUUGCUGUCUUCAUCUUCCGUUCCAAUUUCAUCGCCGUCUUCAUCGUCAGCAUCAUCGGUAUCAACAUCUUCUCCGAUAUUUUCACAAAUUUCCUCUUUUUCAUAUUCCUCAAGCGGAUUAUUCUUGUCGUAUUCUUGAACGCCAUCUUCUUCUUCAAUUUCAUUCAGAUUCAAAACGUGAUUCUCAAUUUUCAGGAUUUCCGUCAGGGAAUUGUUAAUAUUGUUCGUUUCUAAAAUAUAUGGGAUAGUUUAAAUCAUUUGAGUACAAUGUUAAGUA